CGGUAGAAUAGCUGAGCUGUCACUGUCACUCAACUGACAAGGAAUAAAAACAAACAAUAAUUUAAUUCCUUCAUAAAAAUCAUUAAUAUUCUAACUAAACUGUAGUUAAUUUUGUGUAUUCAUAGUUAUUUUGACAUACGCGUAUUAAAUCUUAUUAAAAUUAAAUAUUGAUAUCUAUCAGUAACCCUUAUUCGUAGUUACUUUUUACAAUUAAAUGAGCAAUAAAUUGGUGUUAUUAACAAACUAAGUACUACACGAUUCAAUAUGAUCGACGUAAAAACCAAAAUCACAUCCUUUUUUAUCUUUAACUCUUCUUUUGGACCUAAAGAAGGAGAAGAGCUGAAAAGGGUGCUCUUUUUCCAUCCAAAUCAUAUUAGCCCUGAUGCUAGAAAAAAUCAAGUGGGAUUAUGUGAAGCUGUAGUAAAAUUCAUGAGUACAUUCUCAUCAGAACCAUGUGAAGCUCUUCAAACGCAAACAAAAAGAUACAUAUUUUAUCAGCCUGAGAAGGGCUAUUGGAUGGUUUUAGUUGUCACAAUACCUUAUGCAACAAAAGCAACAUCAGCUAUUGGAGAAACUCGAGGAGAAGUAUUGAAUCCUUCUAUCAUGAGUGAUCUACUUGUGUCUGCAUAUAAAAUGUUUAAAUUAUUCAUGGGUUCAUUCAAAGAUAUUCCAAUGGAAAAUAUUUAUUCAACAUGUGAAGAAUUUUUCAAUCCGUAUAUAAUGUCCAAGAAUCUCACAAAUGAUAUAUCAGACUUGAUUCAAGGAGUAAGUUAUCUACCUUUAGAUAAAAACUGUUUCUUCAAAGUGAUAUGCUUAAUAGAUUUGUUGGAAGUCACUUACCCUGAUUUUAAAUGCAUAUCUUUUGUAUAUAAUGAUCAAUUGAUUUGGAAUGGACUUGCAACUAAUGAUAUGCUUACUCUAUACCAAUACUUGGUUCAAACUUUACUACCUAAGCAAGUAGAAAAAGAGAUUCAAGGAGGGGCUGUCGCUGCAGCCCAAAGACAUGGUAGAUUUAUCAGUCCACCCGACGGCAUAAGAACCAGUGAUGAUCUAAAGAAGUUGGUUAAAGUAUAUUUACGUUGUGAAGAUGAUACAGAAUCAAAACAGUACUAUCUAAUCAUAUACAGGACAUUAAGUGCUACAAUGUGCUUUACUAUUGAUGUUAACACUACUCUAGAAAUAGAAACGUUUAGAUCUCUAGACGCAUUCAUUGGACCACAUCUCUCGACAAUAGCAUCCACAAUCAGCGAACAAUGCGCCCUACAUGCCCUGCAAACUGCACAGAUGCUGGGCACAGAUCAGAAAUUCGUUUACUUCAAUAGGCUCAACUUAGCCUAUAAAAGUUCGGCAUCUUUGAGUAAGCUAGUCCCAUCAACAGCCAUCAAACCAGAAGUCUUGAGUAUCAUAGCAGACAUUCAUACGGAUCGCAAAAGCUUAGGAAAUUAUGGCGAAGUUAUAAUCAAAACACCUGACGAAUACUGGAUUACUGGGAAAACAUCAAACGAGAGAGAGUUCUACGUUAUAAUACAAGAAAAAAAUGCUAACUUAAAAGAGAUUGCUGAUGAGGUGAAAAGGAUAUGCGAAGCACAAAUGAAAGGUAUAUUUUUCUACCCGAUGUAAUGAAAUAAACAUUCAAUUCAAUACUAUAUUCUAUAAAAUGCUCCUAUUUUUUCAAAUCAUGUGGACAAUGUGGCAGAAUGAAGAAACUUAUUUUUUAAUCAUAGCAUACCUACUGUUUUGUAAAAAAGUGAAUUGAUUUAUUUAUUAUUGAUAAUAAAUAUUUAUUAGCUUGUUAAUGUUAAAGAAUAUAAGUCUUUCCUGAUUUGGGCAUUUUUUUUUAUGUAAAUACUAGGUACUUACCUAUACCUACCCUUAGCACCAACCAUUAUCGAAUUUGAACAGUUUGCGAGUGCGAAAUGUCAAUGUCAAAUUUUGUAUCGAAACUCUCUUGGAACUUGAACAGCAGCGCCACAACGGAACGAGAACUAAAAAUCAGUAUACAAUUCACAAUAACUAUUCGAAUUCGAUAUAGGUUCGUGCUAACUUUAUUUUCUCUAUUAACAAACAUAUUGUUUUUGUAUGUUGCAAUCUCUGCACAAUGACUAUUACUGCGCCAUAAAGCGCCUACUGACGUGCCUGCCGCAGGAACAAUCUAGGGUGCACGGCGGUCGGCCCAAUAUCAGCUUGUCUGUACACACAUGCCUGCUAUUCAGUGUUCGGGCGUAUGUUGAGCUAAACACACGCGUUGAUGAUGGUCCCAGUGUUAUCAAAAAAUAGGUUACCGUAAAUGGAAAUACUGGGUGAAGAAUUGGCAACAGAAAGAAAUGUGUUGUAAAUAAGUAAUGUUUAUGAUUAGAAAAAUAUCCACGCGAACCUGGCAGCAGACGCUUUUAACGAAAAAAGCGUUAGUUAUCCGACCAAAUUUUAAAAAAGUGCAUUUAUUUACGUCGCAUUAUAAUAAUUCGCAUGCUGUAUUAACCGGCUCCCGAAAGAUGGCACGCCGACGCGGCGCUGUAGUCGCGCGUUCUAUGGCUGUGAUGCUGUGAAAUAUUUAGUUCCAAGGAAUUCCGCGUACCCAUUUUUCGAUACUUAGUGGACUAGAAGGGUCGAAGUAUGUAGUUUCCUGGCAAAAACACAGAUGGCGGGAUUUGCACUUUUUAAGUAAAAAAUAUAUUUGCACUUUUUUAAGUGAAAAGCUUACUCACACUUUUUAAGUGAAAAGCUUAUAACGCUUAUACUUAAAAGCGUGCUUACAAGCUUAAUAUUUCGUUUAAACGCCCACCGCUAGUGACAGCUACUAUAACCGACUGAUUGAGAAAUUGGCCCAAUCGUGCUACACACGCGGCAACGUGCAGGGCGGUUGGGACAAUCUAGUGAGCAAGGGUGGUAACGCGCUCCUGCCGCCCUGCAUUUAGAAAAUUGCCCCAAUUUGCCUACACACAUCACAAUUCAGGAGGCAAUUUAGGGUCAUCCCCACUCUUACACCCUACAUUGUCCCUGCGGCAGGCAUGUCAGUAGGCGCUUUUACAGAGUAGGUACCUGACUAAGUAGCGCCGGUACUGGUAAGAUUCAGGUGAUGGCGCAGCAUCAAGAACUCGGCUACUUAGAGUAGAUUUAGCGUGUUUGGGCUCAUAAGCAUAGUCUCAAUAAAUAAAUGACAAUUGAAUCGUUGUUUCUAAUGUGUCCAGUGGAGGAUUAACCUAGAAGCAAGAGUAGCAAACGGUACUCUUAUAAAAACCUCUUUUUAACUCCCGACGCAAAAAAAGUGGUAUUAUAAGUUUGACGUGUCUGUGUGUCUGUCUGAAGCAUCGUAACUCCUGAAUACACGGACCGAUUAAGAUAUUUUUUUCAUCUGAUCGCUCGUUUUUAAUUAGUUUUUAAUCUAACAAGAGAUGAUGUCUUGCUUAAAACCUGAAAAGUUAGUACAGUACCAUAACCGUCAACGACGUCUGCCGGUUCGGGUCGCCACAUUGCCAUUCCCAUCAUGCAUCGCACGAGAGUAAAUGUAUUCUAUGAUCUCAAGCGGACGCCUCUUAAUAAGUACAAAAUAUCUAAACACUGCAGGAACUUAGUAGACCUUGUAUGAUAUGACCUUGAUUCAUGGACAAAACUAAUUACGUCGAUGUUGCACACGCGCAAUUUCUAGGUACCUAUGUAGUGGUAGAUAUAGAUAUGUGAUUAUUAUACUUCUUCACUUAGCGGUCCCCUGACGUGACAACGCUCAUCUUAAAAAUAUUAAUAGGUUUUUUUAAUGAUUGGAGUUAAAAUCCAGAUAUCAGCUUUGCCUUACCUCCAUGGAACACUCCGUGCUCCAUGCUCACCUCUUACUGAUGGCUAUUAAUAAUAUCUAAUCACAUUACAUUUGUUAUAAAAUAAAACAUUGUUCAAAUAUAAUAACCAAUUAUUUUAUUAACACAUCUUAUAUGCAUAAAACAUUUUUAUAAUUAAUUACGUACAUCUUAAAGGAGUUUUAUGAUAACCGAAUGCUAGUCCUUUGAAACUUUUAUGUCAUCCUUACUGAAUAUCUUUUUAUAUACCUUAUGAACAAGUUGUUUGUUUUCAUACCCCCAUGCAAGGAGUGUAAAAAAGAAACAUAUUGCACCAACAAAUAUGUGUGUGGUAACAGAAUUACUUAAUAACUUGUUUUCAGAAACUUUACAGAUACAUCCAACAACAAACAAGGUCAACAAAAAUAUUUUUCCUACAUGCAGUCCCUCCAAUGGCUUAUAGCCAGUGUCUUUAUAUUUAUUAUUUAUGAAAUGGAUACUGUGCAUUAUUCUUGCAAACAUAUUAAUACAAUUAGAUAUUAUAAAACCAACUGGUCCAAAUAUAUAUGUCAAAACAUAGGAUAAAAACAAAAAACUUAUUGAAAAGAAUACCAUCAAAUAAUUGUAACUGUUUAGUUGUGCACUAGUCAUGGUGGCAAAUGUGUAGCAUUCAGUAACACCAUUGAUAGCUAGCAAUACAAUGGCUAAACAAUGGCUUCUAAGUAGUUGUACAGGUAGUCCACUUGCAACAAAAGCUUCACCACCAUACAACAACAAUAAAGUUUUUGAAUAACUUUGACCAAAAACUAACACAAUCAGACCUAUAGAACUCACUGUCUUACAAACUUGAGAUAAGACUGUACAUGACUCCUGAACUUUAUACUGAUCCUGUUUAUGUAAAGGCAAAUCUCUACUUACCAUUUGAGUAAAAUAAAAAUAACUACUAUCUUCAAUGGGUCUAAAAACAAAUCUAGCAGCUAGACUUCCUAAGUUAUUUACCACAUCAUAUGUAGCCUGCUCAGAAAAAGUCAUAACUGGACUUGCAGACAUGACAUAUUUCUCUCCUUCUGUCAAUAACUGUUUAACAACACCUUGCUUUGCAAAACUUAUGGUCAGUGUACUCAAUUUUUUGUUAAAUGUUGAAUUUAUUGAUCCUAAGUAGUUAGGUAAAAAAUCUCUGAUAGAAGUAAAUUGGAAAUCAUCCAUAUUAUUAUAUAAUCUGUGCAAGACUGAAUCAGAUACAAGUUUACUUUUUAUUGCACCUUUUGCAUAAAGUGGUUUAUUUUUAAUGUACCAAUAGAAAAAUAUAUAAUAACUUACAACUAUAGUGCCAAUACUGGCAACCUGUGCUACUGAAAACGCUAUCAGUGCUAAAGACCUGUCAUAAAUUAUUAUAGACAAAAAUAGUACAGUUCUGAUAAAAAUAUGUAGUGUGUCUAGAGCAAUUUUCAGUUUCACAAAACAAAACAGUUGAGCUACAAGGACCAUGUUAGCAGAAGUAAGUUCAAGGAUACAGGACAAAGCCACACUCCAGCACCCAAAUGUAUAUUGGAAUGCGUGUUCUGGAUGACCAAGUGGCAAAAUAUUCAACCAGAUAUACACAAAUAAUAAUGACAAAACACAACUAAGAGGAACAGCAAGCCAUAUUUGGUUUAUAAUGUGACGCCAGCUUAAUUCAUCCUUCUGACCUAAGCAUGCCCUAUAAAAUGGUUCCCUACUUAGAAAUAAAAUAGUACUUUCUAACAAGAGUAAUCUUACAUUCAUUAUUCCUAGGACUUCAUGUCCAACAUUUCUAAUCACCCAGGCAUUUAUAAUAAAAGUAACACACCGAAACAAAAUUUGAAAUAUAAUAUUAAAUGAAGCAUUCUCCAAGCUACUCAUUAAUAAAUUUCGUCCCAUUUCUGAAAUUACUUACAACUAGUUUUGAUCACACAUUAACAGUAUUUCCCUCGGUGGGCAUUAAUGAGAUACUUCUUUUAACAACAUAUAUCUUUUUAUUUGAGAGACAUAUCACAAACCAAUGGUCAUCAUAUGUUAUAGAAAUUUUCUUGAAUGGUUCAUUUGAUGCAAAAGCAACAGGAUCAACUCUGUAAAAUGAAAAUGAACACUUUUAAAUCUACAUGGGACAAACAAAGACAUCAUCAUCAUCAUCAGCCUAUUAAUAUCCCCACUGCUGGGGCACAGGCCUUCCCUAUGGAUGGAAUAGGGAGAUUGGGCCAUGACCCGCCACGCGGGCCCAGGGAGGAUUGGUCGGUGCUAACGACUGCAGAUGCAACCGGGACCAACGGCUUAACGUGCCUUCCGAAGCACAGAGGAGCUCGAAAGAAAGACAUGCAAAAGAAAAAAAAAUAAUGUAAUCCGUACUUUUGAAUAAUUGGGAAAUAGGUUCAAUAAGAGAAAAAUAAAAACAUAAGAUAAAAUAGGUAUUUUCAAAGCAAUGUAGUAAUACAACGUGACCUUUUCUACAAAAAUGUUCGAGUAUCACCUCUUGGGCCCUGGAAGUACAAUUUUACCCAUCAAACGAGUACGUUUGCAUAAUGUUUUACAGAAAAGAUACUAAUGUACAAUCCUUAUCAUAUUACUCACUUGCUAGAUAGGGAUAUGAGAUCAGUUACAAUUGUCGCAACACGCUCGUCGUUUUCCAGCUCUCCACCUGAUUCAAGGACGGCUCCGUCCUCAGUUAACACCAGAAAUCCAAUUUGAUCUGGAAUUUUGUCCAUUAUAAGUGCAAAAUGUUCACCAACUAAGACUUUUUAUGGAAUAUAUUCCCAAACAAGUCAUUAAAAUGGAAAAUUUUGUACAGAAUUAAGCAGGUACACAAUGAACGAACAAACAGACAAUCAAGUCAAGUCAAGUCAACGCAGAUGACAAUG